AGUGUAAGUAUGCUGCUGACCAUGGAGGAAUAAGACCAAGCAUGUUGGAAAUCAUAGGGGAACUACUAAAUUAAGUUGGCCUAGUCAAAAAGAAAAUGGCUGAAAAUGUUAACAUUUUCGAAAAAGUCAACAAAGACUUCUUCAAUUUAGAGGUUUAUCCAAAGAGGAAACCUGCAAUCCUACGAGGGCUAGACAUCGGUGUUUGCAAAUCCAAAUGGACAGAAGACUACCUGUGCGAGAAGGUUGGGUCACAAGAGGUCAAAGUUCAUGUCAGUCCUACAGCCAAGAUGGACUUUGUAAACAAGAAUUAUGCAUACAGGACUUUACCCUUUGACAAGUUUGUGAGACGAGCAUCUGAGUGCACACACGAUGAAUUCUUCUUUGAACCAGAUGAGAAGUAUUACUUCCGUGCACUUGGAAAUGACCCCAGGAAGGAGCCUACGGAUAUAGCCAAGCAGUUUCCAGCCCUGGCACCUGAUGUGAUCAUUCCGCAGUAUUUCAAAGACAACACCUUUUUUUCAAGUGUUCUGAGGUUGGGAUCUGCUGGAGUUCAGCUCUGGACCCACUAUGAUAUCAUGGACAACCUCUUAAUACAGAUCAGUGGUCACAAGAGGGUUGUGCUGUUCAGUCCUUCCGAUGCAACCUACUUGUAUCUCACAGGUGACAAAUCAGCAGUUUUAGACAUUGACAAUCCUGACCUGGUCAGGUACCCUGCCUUCAGACAUGCUAGGCCAAUGGAGUGUCAUCUGAAGCCUGGUGAUGUACUGUUCAUUCCCGCUCUUUGGUUUCACAAUGUGCAAUCCUUGGACUUCAGCGUCGCUGUCAAUGUGUUCUUCAGACAUCUAGAAGCCAGUUGCUAUGACAACAAAGAUCCUUAUGGCAACAAGGACCCACAAGCGGCAGCUAGAGCACUUCAGAUUCUGAACCGAGCUUUGAAGUGUCUUGAGGAACUACCUGAGGAGUACAGAGACUUCUACGGUCGCAGGAUGAUCAAUGAAAUUGAGACCAAGACGUUUCUAAAUUCCUGACAUUGUUGAAAAUACAGAGUUAAAGUCUUGACAUAUUAUCCAUAUUUUCUGUGAAGUACCUUCAAUCAUUCAGAUUGAAGUAAAUUAAUCAUUGAAUCAUGGAUGAGCCUAAAUCAUUCAGGAGAAUGAUUGAUUUGCAUUUUGGAUGUGAGAGCUUCAUGAAUGCCUGUUCGAAGUCUGCUGUCGGUACAGCCUUGGGCAAGGAUACUUUCCAUACUUUUUUCCAGAAAAAAAGUAUGGUAUUGAAAUCUUCCGAAUUGCUUCACGUACAUUCAAAUUGUGAUCAUGGUCGAACUUUACACGAGUGGACACAAUUGUGCAAGAUAAAUGCAAAUUACUUUCCCUCCGUGCAUCAGCUGGGAAUGUUAUCUGAAACAAAUGCUUGUUGUGUGUUCUAUUUUUUUUUCUCCAUCUGGUGUUUUAAUGUUCAAGUUGGAGGGUUUGCUGUUCAAUAGGUUUUCACCAACACAGCUCCCAAAUUAAGAAACUGAGACCCCAAAUGUAAUUGA